UUCCCAUUAACCAACCUCCCAUUUCUCACACAGAUUACAAACACAAAACAAAUACUCUGUUUUCCCUCUGAUCUCUCUGUCUCUCAGGGCCAGCCAUGGAUGAAGAAUACGACGUCAUAGUGCUCGGAACGGGCCUCAAAGAAUGCAUUCUCAGCGGCCUCCUCUCAGUUGAUGGUCUCAAGGUACUGCAUAUGGAUAGGAAUGACUAUUAUGGAGGAGAGUCCACCUCUCUUAAUCUCAACCAGCUGUGGAAGCGAUUCAGGGGGGAGGAUAAGCCUCCAGAAACUUUGGGCUCAAGUAGAGACUACAAUGUUGAUAUGAUUCCCAAGUUCAUGAUGGCCAAUGGUGCUUUGGUUCGCGUCCUGAUUCACACCGAUGUUACUAAAUAUCUGAAUUUCAAGGCUGUAGAUGGUAGUUUUGUGUAUAACAAAGGGAAGAUCCACAAAGUACCAGCUAAUGAUGUGGAAGCACUUAAAUCUCCACUCAUGGGAUUGUUUGAGAAGCGUCGUGCUCGAAAGUUUUUCAUUUAUGUGCAAGACUAUGAUGAGAAUGAUCCAAAAUCUCAUGAAGGCCUGGACCUCAACAAAGUUACAGCACGAGAGCUUAUUUCGAAGUACGGGCUAGAUGACAACACGGUUGAUUUCAUUGGGCAUGCGCUAGCGCUCCACCAAGAUGAUUCUUACUUGGGCGAGCCUGCUAUGGAUUUUGUGAAGAGGAUGAAGUUAUAUGCAGAGUCUUUAGCACGCUUUCAAGGAGGUUCUCCUUAUAUUUAUCCCCUGUACGGUCUGGGAGAGCUGCCCCAGGCAUUUGCUCGGUUGAGUGCUGUUUAUGGUGGCACCUACAUGCUCAGCAAGCCAGAAUGCAAGGUAGAGUUCGAAAACGGAAAGGCCUUUGGUGUGACUUCCGAAGGAGAAACUGCAAAAUGCAAAAAAGUUGUAUGUGAUCCUUCGUAUUUGCCUGACAAGGUGAAGAAGAUAGGGAAAGUUGCCCGUGCUAUAUGUAUUAUGAGUCAUCCAAUCCCAAGCACCCAUGAUUCUCACUCAGUCCAGGUUAUUCUACCCCAGAAGCAACUUGGACGUAAAUCAGAUAUGUACCUGUUUUGCUGCUCCUAUUCCCACAAUGUAGCUCCAAAAGGGAAAUACAUUGCUUUUGUGUUGACAGAAGCAGAGACUGAUAAUCCUCAGGUGGAGUUGAAAGCUGGCACAGAUCUCCUUGGGCCUAUAGACGAAAUCUUCUUCGACACUUACGACAGAUACGAACCUACCAACCAGAAUGAUGGGGACAACUGUUUCAUCUCUGCGAGUUAUGAUGCUACCACACACUUCGAGACUACGGUCCAAGAUGUGAUCGCCAUGUACAGCAAGAUAACUGGAAAGACUCUUGACUUGAGUGUGGACCUGAGUGCUGCCAGCGCUGCUGAAGAAUGAAAUUGUGGAAGAGGAACAGUUGCUGAAACAUUCUGUACUUUCUUUUCCUCUAUUUUUAAAGUUGAAGAUUAUUCAAGUGUUCUGGUGUUGUAUUUCUUAAACAUUUUAGCAACUUUUGUGCUGAAAAAUUUGUUCCACUGCAACGCAAACGGUGUAGAUUUUGAACAUUCAAAGGAUAUAGAAUUCUUGUUUUUCUGACUCGAAUAAGUGGAUUAUACGGCAUGGCUAUGGGAAUUUUGAGUAUGAAUCUGAUGAUAACAAUUAAUCACUA